UCGGAGGAGUCACUUUUUGCCCGAUUCCCGGAGUGGAUAUUGCCAGUCGUCACCGCCAUAUGCGGAGGAUCUCGCUUUAUCGCGCGCCAUUCACCACUCGCAAGCCCAUCAACAAUGACCGACUCUCAAGCGCCUGGUGCGAAUGCACCUUCGAAUGUGCCCUCAGAUGCAAAGCCAGAUACGACAGGGUUCAUCCCCGGCGAUGAUACCUGGACCCAAUUUCGGAACAUCUAUUCCAUUCUCACAGGCAAGAUGUCCAACGAAGGAAUCGAGCAGUUCCGUGUUGCGCGAGAUGAUCGCAAUGAAGCCGCAGACUGCAAGCGCUGUGAAGACCAGCGGGAUUAUCUUCUCCAGUACAGUCCUACAAUUCGAUUCCUAAGCGAGAGCAUUAAACAAUUAGGAGGCGACCUUCACAACCACAAUAUCUACUGCCGUCGCUGUACAGAUCGCAAGGGCGGUGGUUUUGACCCGGACUACGGCAUUUUGAUUUGCGCAAACGAAAUGAAAGAUCAGGGACAUCUUGAAGACACAAUGGCCCACGAGAUGGUUCAUGCAUUCGACCACCUGAGGUUCAAGGUCAACUGGACGGAUAACCUACGACAUGCGGCUUGUGCCGAGAUCCGGGCCAGUUCGCUCAGCGGCGAGUGUAGAUGGGCGCGGGAGUUCUUCCGGAGAGGACAGUGGAAGUUAACGCAGCAGCACCAAGAAUGCGUUCGACGCAGAGCCGUUCUUUCUGUGAGGGCGCGCCCGACCUGCAAAGACGAAGCCCAUGCCACCAGGGUUGUCGACGAAGUCUGGGAAAGCUGCUUCAGAGACACCCGUCCCUUUGAUGAAAUUUAUCGAUGA